AUGGCACCCUCCAAGACCCCCGGCCAAAAAGACGCCGCGAGCCAAACAUUCCUCAAGAAGCAAGCCGAAGCCCAAGGCCUAGGCGCCCCCAGCGCGCCCGCGCACAAAGAACCGCACGCGCCAGGCGAAGCGCCCGUAGCGUCGGACUCGGGGAUCACAGACGUGGGGAUCGAGGGCGGGAGCACCAACGUACCGGGGGAGAAAGGGAUUACGGGACCGCGGGUGCGGGACGAGGAGUAUGACAUGUCGAAGCCAAGUUAG